AUGAGGCCCAACUUGUCUUAUUUAACGUUCACCUCUGGAAUGAUGGUUGGAUUUCAACUCCUUCGCUUUCUGUUGGACCUGAACAUUUCACAAGAACAGGUCACAUAUUUUGAGAGGGGUGUGGAGCGUAAUGUCAGGCAGGAAGCAGAAAGACAACAACAUCAUCAAACAGAAAAUCACAAAAUACGCAUCUUAUGUUGGAUCAUGACGGGACCCAAGAACCUGGAAUCCAGAACCAAGCACAUCAAAGGCACGUGGGCAAAUCGCUGCAACAAAGUACUGUACAUAAGUUCUGUCAAGACAGACUUCCCCACUGUGGGGCUAAAUGUGAGUGAAGGAAGGGAAAACUUGUACUGGAAGACCAUUCGAGCUUUUCAGUACAUCCAUCAGCACCACCUGGAAGAAGCAGACUGGUUCCUGAAAGCAGAUGAUGACACAUUUGUGAUAGUAGAGAACCUGCGCCACACGUUGUACAAAUAUGACACAGACAAGCCGUUGUACUUUGGCAGAAGAUUUGCUCCUUUCAUUAGUCAAGGCUACAUGAGUGGAGGAGCAGGUUAUGUCCUUAGUAAGGAAGCACUGAGAAGAUUUGUCAAAGGUUUCAGCUCUGGAAAGUGUACCCACGGUUCUAGCAUCGAGGACAUGGCUUUGGGACAGUGUAUGGAGACCAUGAAGGUGGAGCCUGUAGACUCCAGAGAUGUAAAGGGAAGACAAACAUUUCAUGCUUACCCACCAGAAAUGCACCUGGUCAGACAAUUCCCGAGACCACGACCUUGGUAUUUGAUUUAUGAAUACUACACUCCAUACGAGGGUCCAGACUGCUGUUCAGAUUUUGCUGUGUCCUUUCAUUACAUUUCUGCUGUCCAGCUGUAUGUUUUGGACUACUUGACAUACCAUCUGCGACCAUAUGGAUACAAAUACAGAUUCAAUCCUGAUAAAGAAAACAGAUCUCAACUCAUCAAAACCACGUAA